UGAUAAUUGGGCAAAGACAGGGCUGACUAUCAUAACAAAACAAAAGUGAUUUCAAAUUAAAAUAUGUCGGAUCUUCUCGCAGUAUCAGAAGCCGGCAAAGAAGAUUUAACAUCCUGGCAUCGAUGGUGUCGUCUGUGCGCCAAGGAUCAUCCGACGAACCGGAACGUCUUCGCCAUGGAGGACAAAGAAUACUCCUGGACGAGCAUGUUGGCAAUGACCGUAGGCAAAUACUUCUGGGUGGAUAUCAAAAGGGAGGAUGAGCUCAGUAAUUGUCUAUGCGUCGAAUGUUUCAAUUUAAUGGAUUGCCUCAUCGAAUUUUCGGAAAGAGUUCGCCAAGUUCAAACCCUUUUCAACAGAUUGCACACCACAAAGGCGGAUGUUUUGGUGGAUUUUGACAAAAUACGAGAGGAUUGCGGUUUGGUGAGCCAUAAAUGGAAACAUAUGAUGUCCAGGGCAGUUGAACUUCAUCCUGUGCAAAAGCAGGAAGAAUUCAUUGAAGGGGAUAAAGCAAUUGUUGGUGAAGAACUAAAAACUGAUGAAAUGUUGUUGAUACCCAGUUUAGGGGUGGAACAACAAAGUCCUGAGCAGAAGCCGGAUUUUAUCGAUGAGGAAGAGGAAAUUUUAGAAGAGGGUGAGCACCUGGCUGAGGAAGAGGUUGAAACUGUGGAGGAGGAAGUGGAACACCACGACACUUCUGAUUGCUUGGUGGAAGAAGAACUCAUUCCGGAGGAAGAAUUCAUCGAGGAGUCGCAAAUAAUAGAAGAGAGCCAUGUUGAAGACUUUCACAUCGAAACCUACGAAGUCAUCUCCCACAAAGCCCAAGCUGAACCUGUACAAACCAAACUCAUCGAGGAGUCCCUUGAGUCCGAGCACGAUCCCCAGGAGUCGCAGAUAAUAGAAGAAACCCAAGUUGAAGACUUCCACAUCGAAACCUACGAAGUUAUCUCUCACAAUCCCCAAUCGGAACCUGUAAAAUCAAAAAAAGUCGAGGUAUCCUUGGAAUCCGAGGAUGAUCACUCUCCGGAGCAUCUUGUAGAGGACGAGGUGGAAAUCCCCGAGGAACCAGCCAUCUACAAAUGCAGCAUUUGCAGUAAACCGUACAAGAAACCCAAGGCCUACAAGCGACACAUGGAAGAGGUUCACAACACUGCGCCCCAGGAUUUGCCACAGUUGGAAUGCAACCAGUGUGGAGUCUCCUUCUCCACGGUUACCCAACUGCACGCCCACUAUCGCUCCCAUUUACCCGCCAAAUUGAAACCGGACAAUUCCUGCCCGCACUGCGAGAAGAUAUUCACCACCCCGGGAACUCUCAAGCGACACAUAGAUGGGGUCCACAAGCAGAUCAAGCCCUAUGUCUGCGACCUCUGCGGCAAGAGCUUCAACUACAUCACCGGGCUCAAGGAUCACAAACUGGUGCACACCGAAGAGUGUCCCUUCGAGUGUCCAGUGUGCCAGCGACGCUUUAAAAACAAGGCCAGGUUAAAGAUCCAUUCCGACACCCACAGUGACAAAAUCUACGAGUGUACCAUAUGCGGAGUCAAACUUAAGACCCGUCGCACCUUUAACAAGCACAAAUUGGUCCACUCGGAUGAACGGCAGUACAAGUGUGACGUUUGCGGAUCGGCGUUCAAGCGCAGCAAGACACUGAAGGCGCAUCUCAUCCUGCACACCGGCAUCCGGCCGUAUAAGUGCAACUUUUGCGGAAGGGACUUCACCAACGGCUCCAACUGUCGGUCGCACAAGCGCCAAUCGCAUCCCAAGGAACUGGCCGAGGAGGAAUCUCGCGGGGUGUCCCGUUCUACUCUACUGCCCAUGCUGGCGGAACUGACCAAGGCGUCCAAGCUCAUAAAAACUCCCGCAAAGCCCAGCAAAACGAGGGGAAGUAGGCUAAAAGUUGCACCUAGAAGGCCUGAAAAUGCUACUGAACCUACCGCGAAGGACACCGAUGGUGCCAUCCUCUACGAAUUCGUCGAGGAACUUGACUACUCCUAA